AAACAAUUUGUUUGCAGUUUUUUAGUGAUACAGUACCCAGAAAAAAAAAUAGAAAUUUUAUGUCAAGUUUUUUCUUUUUUUCAGAUUCAUAUUUUAGAAGCAGUAUUGCCGAGUGCAGUUGAAGAACGUAAAGCUUGCGAUACAAUAUGGCGUGAAGGAACAGAAUAUGAAACUUAUAUGGCAUAUGUUACCUGUGUUAAAAUUUUUUUGGGUGCAACACGUUUAUGGCCAAAUAAAUUGAAAAUUUUACGACGUGCACAUGCUUGGGUACGUGAUGGCUAUCUUACCGCAGAUCGGUUCUGUCAACAUGAUUUCAUGUUUCAUGGUUGGAAAAAACAAAAUAUUGAUGAUAGUUGGCAUUCACCAUUUCUGACGACACCAGAGUUGGACAAAUGUGGUAACGGUUAUGAUGGUUGGCACUGGCGUGAAGAUGCUAACAUAUCAGUGGCGGCUAUGAAGCAAAUGUUGAUUGAUACUGAAUUUUCAAUGGCUGCAUCAUUUCCAGUAGUUGCACGUGUUAUUCCGUAUUUGGCAAAACCGGAUGUUGGAAAUUGUUUUCCAAACUGUGAUGAAUUAAUUAAUCUACCUUUGCCUUCAACUUCACCUUCACCAUCAACGUAG